AUGUCUGCGGUUGCUUAUAGAAUAUCCAGCUUGUUGGUUCAUAGUGGAGCCACUCACCAGGACAUAAUCCGGCUUAACAAGUUGGGUGUAUGUAUGUGCCCCAAAUCUACAGUUGAAAUGCAACGUAAGAUGGGUAGGCACUUUGAUGCAAAGGUUUUACAAUGGAAGUCAUCUAUAGAAGACACCAGAAAUUGCCUACAAUUUUUGAAUGAAGUCAUUGAAAAACAGAAACCCGUUCUUGAAGACGACUCCAUGGAUUUGGAAUCAGUGUUCGACAUGCGAGAAGAAAUUGUGAAAAAAUACCAAUCUUACCAUCCAAAUGUCUACAAUAAAGUGGUGGACUCUUUAAGGGUGAAUGAAGAGAACGAACAUAAUAUGGCAUUAUGCAGUACUCGACAAAAUUUCAGUGAAGAAGCAUUGCGAUAUGAGAUUUCUGUCCUUGAAAAUGAAAACGUACCACUUUACAAGUAAGAAUUAUUGAACAUUUUUCACUCGACCUUGGGACAGCAAUUGUUUUGUUAAAAUGUUUGAACGUUUACACGAAAAGUUUUGUCGUAACAUAAAAACUGGCCUUGACAACAUAGUGCCACUGCCUUGACAACAUGCACCGCGCAACGAUAAAACUUUUCGUUCAAACAUACCGACAAAACAAUUGGCGUUCCAAGAUCGAAUGAAAAUCGCAAUAUUGUAUUUACAUUGAAAAUGAAAAUUGUGGCAAAUUUUACUAUACGUACAUAGUGUUUUGGAUGUUCUAUAAAAAAGAAUUAUGACAGCCUGGCAAAAUCAAGUGUCCUAUUUUUUGCGAUUCUUUGUAUAAUAAUGUUAACAAUAGACAAUCCAAAAUACGUUCAUGUUUUCUCAAACUUAAAAUGUUUUACAGUUUAUUCCAUGGAAUUGUUGGUGAUAAUGUUGAUAUGGAAAUUGCUGCUAGAAUUGAGAGAAAAGAAAGGGGUAAUCAAUCUUUGCACUGGACUCAUCAAUGCGCUGUAUUGGACAGGGCGUCUCCCGUUGGCGACAACAGGAAACAACCCCGAAGUGACAUGACACAGCUUAUCGAUUUGUUGCCACACAGUCAAGUGCAAGAAAACCUGAUAAGUACAAUGGCAGUUCUUGUCAGCAGAGUGGUAACAAAAUACCUCUAA